AGAGUGAUCCAAAUGAUAAGCAGCAUGGCAUUGAAGAUCAAAUUUAUGAUCAAACUGGAGACGAAUUUAGAGAUCAUAGAGGACUCCAGGGCAAUCACAUUCAAAGCUUUAUUGACUUGGAUGGACAUAGAUAUGCAAUUUAUGGCCCCGGAGAUAACACAGCAAAUAUACUGAUGGGAAGUGAGGUCCAUGGGGAAAGUAUACAGUGGGCGUACAUUGAUGAAGGUGGAAGUGGUAAUGGUGGAGAUCCCAAUGAAGAAGGUUCUAGUGAUGGUUGGGGAGCUGGAACCCCAGAAAGUACAACAAACCUUGGAGAAAAUGCGACGGAAACCCAUAGUGAUAGGAACAACAUUCAGGCUUGUGUUAAUGGUACAAAAAUAACCAACCCAAACAAUGAAGGAGAGGGUGAUGCAGGCCCUGUGGAUGAUUCUCUCAAUACUGAUAAUGAAGAAGGUUUUCAAGGUCGUGGCGAUGUAAGCCCCGAAACUGAGCAUGUGACCUGCCUUGAAAAGAAAAGAAAUGAUGGUCUGGACUCAAAUAGCAAUACUAAGGAUACAGAGAAUAACGCUGCAGUUGUCAAUAAUAGCACUACAAGUGGUGGUAACAUGCAUGAUAAGGGUAUGAAUAUACCCAGCGAUGCAACCCCCCAUCAUGAUACCACCUGGAUUCUACAGAGAAGUGAUGGGGAAAGCAACAGUGGUCAUGAGGACACCAGUGAAAAUGAGAGCAACAGUUUGUACAGCUUCAGUGAUGAAUCGAUGCAAGGGGAUGAACCCAACCAAAGCCAAGAUUCGGAAGGCUCAGAAAACAGCAGUCAGCAAGAUCCCCCCAGUCAGGCCAGUGAUGGGGAAAGCCCAUCUUUAGGAGAGGAAGAGGAGCAAAGCAGUAAUGCUGCCAGUGAGCAGUCAGAUAGCAAAGGUGAAGACAGUGAAAGCCAACAGGAAAGCAAUGAAAGUAGCAGUCACCAAGGCAGUGAUGACACUGAGAAUGGUGGCCCAUCUGUCAGCAGCGAAAGCGAGACUCAACCAGACAGCAGCCAGAGCCAGUCUGAGACCAGCAGUGAGAAGGAGAGUGACUCCAAGAGCAGCAAUGAAAGCGACAAUAAAUCUGAAAGCAGCAGUGACAGCAACAAUGAAUCCAAGAGCAGCAGUGAGAGUGAAAGUGAAUCCAAGAGCAGCAGUGAGAGUGACAGUGAAUCCAAGAGCAGCAGUGAGAGUGAAUCUAAGAGCAGCAGUGAGAGUGAAUCCAAGAGCAGCAGUGAGAGUGAGAGUGAAUCUGAGAGUGAAUCCAAGAGCAGCAGUGAGAGUGAAUCCAAGAGCAGCAGUGAGAGUGACAGUGAAUCCAAGAGCAGCAGUGAAAGUGAAAGCAGCAGUGAAAGCGACGGUGAAUCCAAGAGCAGCAGUGAAAGCGAAAACAGCAGUGAAAGUGACAGUGAAUCAGAGAGCAGCAGUGAGAGUGACAAUGAGUCUGACAGUAGCAGUGAAAGCGACAGUGAAUCUGACAGCAGCAGUGAGAGUGAGAGUGACAGCAGUAGCAGCAGUGAGAGUGACAGCAGUAGCAGCAGUGAGAGUGACAGUGAUAGCAGUAGCAGCAGUGAGAGUGACAGCAGUAGCAGCAGUGAGAGUGACAGUGAUAGCAGUAGCAGCAGUGAGAGUGACAGCAGUAGCAGCAGUGAGAGUGACAGUGACAGCAGUAGCAGCAGUGAGAGUGACAGUGACAGCAGUAGCAGCAGCGAGAGUGACAGUGAUAGCAGUAGCAGCAGUGAGAGUGACAGUGACAGCAGUAGCAGCAGUGAGAGUGACAGUGACAGCAGUAGCAGCAGUGAGAGUGACAGUGAUAGCAGUAGCAGCAGUGAGAGUAGCAGUAGUGAGAGUGAAAGCAGCAGCAGUGAGAGUGACAGCAAAACUGAUAGCAGCAGUGAAAGUGAAAGCAGCAGCAGCAGCAGUGAGAGUGAUGCCGAGAGUAGCAGUGAGAAUGAAGAUAACAAUCAAGCAGGCAGCAAUGAAAAUGACAGCCAAUCCAACAGUGACAAUGAAAGUGAUUCAGCAAAUCAGUCCAGCAGCGACAGUAGCAGCAGUGAGAGUGAAUCUAAGAGCAGCAGUGAGAGUGAAUCCAAGAGCAGCAGUGAGAGUGACAGUGAAUCCAAGAGCAGCAGUGAGAGUGAAUCCAAGAGCAGCAGUGAGAGUGACAGUGAAUCCAAGAGCAGCAGUGAAAGUGAAAGCAGCAGUGAAAGCGACAGUGAAUCCAAGAGCAGCAGUGAAAGCGAAAACAGCAGUGAAAGUGACAGUGAAUCAGAGAGCAGCAGUGAGAGUGACAAUGAGUCUGACAGCAGCAGUGAAAGCGACAGUGAAUCCGACAGUAGCAGUGAGAGUGACAGCAGUAGCAGCAGUGAGAGUGACAGUGAUAGCAGUAGCAGCAGUGAGAGUGACAGUGAUAGCAGUAGCAGCAGUGAGAGUGACAGUGACAGCAGUAGCAGCAGUGAGAGUGAGAGUGACAGCAGUAGCAGCAGUGAGAGUGACAGUGAUAGCAGUAGCAGCAGUGAGAGUGACAGCAGUAGCAGCAGUGAGAGUGACAGUGAUAGCAGUAGCAGCAGUGAGAGUGACAGCAGUAGCAGCAGUGAGAGUGACAGUGACAGUAGUAGCAGCAGUGAGAGUAGCAGUAGUGAGAGUGAAAGCAGCAGCAGUGAGAGUGACAGCAAAACUGAUAGCAGCAGUGAAAGUGAAAGCAGCAGCAGCAGCAGUGAGAGUGAUGCCGAGAGUAGCAGUGAGAAUGAAGAUAACAAUCAAGCAGGCAGCAAUGAAAAUGACAGCCAGUCCAACAGUGACAAUGAAAGUGAUUCAGCAAAUCAGUCCAGCAGCGACAGUGCUGCAGAUACAGCGGAGGAUUCAAAUGAAACUGAAUCUGGAGCAAGUGAGGAUAACAACCGCAGCAGUCAUUCAGACAGUGCAGCCUCCGACAGUGAAUCUCUAAGUCAAGGAAGUGAGAGCAGCGAUUUAACUAGCGAUUACUAACCAAAGAGAAGAACGAGCAGAUGAAAAUACAUUCACAGCAAUAGCAGUAGGGAUGGCAGAGAUGGCAGAGGGGGG